GGGGAAGGUUUUGGAUGCUCUAAAAGGCUACUUCUCUCUCGGCUCGCUAUUCUCACAGCCACUUCAAAAUUCAUGGCCUCGCUCUUGAGCUCAACCCAACCUCUGCCACCGGAGUUUAACCGAGGACGGGCUCCGGCCACCAAAACGGCAGCUCCACGGGCGCAGACGACGCCCCAUCCUCAACCCACUAGUGCCGAUAGCAACACUAAACUCGCAGUAGUAACAGAGAGACAAGCAGCAGAGCUUAAGAGGCUAAAACAUAAGGAGAGCAAGGACAGGAAGGAGGAGACCAACAAGAAGAUAGCUUCUCGGAAAGCAAUCUCGGUCGUUUUAAUGAGAGAAGCUACCAAAUCCCACAUCGAGAAGAAGAAAGGCUCCAAGAGACUGCUACCCAGGACUGUUCUCGAAGCCCUCCAUGAGAGAAUUACUGCUCUGCGCUGGGAGUCUGCUCUCAAGGUUUUUCAACUACUACAAGAGCAGUUGUGGUACAGGCCCAAUCCUGGUGUUUACAUUAAGCUAAUUGUCAUGCUAGGAAAAUGUAAACAACCAGAAAAAGCCGAGGAGCUUUUCCAAGCUAUGAUUGACGAAGGCUGUGGUGUCAGCCAUGAAUCUUAUACUGCUCUUAUAUCUGCCUAUGGUAGGAGCAGUAUCUUCGACAAAGCAUUUUCCCUCCUUGAGCAGAUGAAGGAUACUCCUGACUGUCAACCUGAUGUCCAUACUUAUUCAAUCCUCAUAAAGUCUUGCUUGCAUGUUUUCGCAUACGACAGAGUACAGGCUCUGCUUUCAGAUAUGGAAACUCAGCACAUUAGACCCAACACCAUCACAUACAAUACCCUAAUUGAUGCUUACGGGAAAUCUAAAAGAUUUGCAGAGAUGGAAUCGACACUUGUGGCAAUGCUUAGCCAACGGGAUUGUGAGCCUGAUGUCUGGACCAUGAAUUCUGUAGUGAGAGCCUUUGGCAGCAGUGGGCAAAUAGAAACAAUGGAAAAAUGUUUUGAGAGAUUCCACAGUGCCGGAAUCCAACCAAACAUCAUGACUUUCAACAUUCUCCUCGAUUCAUAUGGAAAAUCUGGGAAUUAUAAGAAAAUGAGUGCUGUAAUGGAAUACAUGCAGAAAUACCAUUAUUCAUGGACAAUCGUAACCUAUAAUGUGGUGAUAGAUGCAUUUGGGAGGGCUGGGGAUUUAACACAAAUGGAGUAUCUGUUUAGGCUAAUGCAGUCAGAGCGGAUCAAGCCAAGCUGUGUCACACUUUGCUCACUCGUAAGAGCCUAUGGGAAAGCAGGUAAACCUGAAAAAAUUGGUGGUGUUUUAUGUUUUGUGGAGAAUUCAGACGUGAAGCUGGAUGCCGUGUUUUUCAAUUGUCUGGUUGAUGCUUAUGGGAGGCUGGGAUGCUUCACAGAAAUGAAAGGGGUGCUUGAGAUGAUGGAGCAAAAAGGAUGUUCUCCAGAUAAGAUCACAUAUAGAACCAUGAUUAAAGCUUAUUCAUUCAACAAGAUGACUGGCCAUGUGAAGGAACUCCAUGAACUCUUGCAAUCGGCAGGAAGUCAGAUGAGUUGGUCACAGAGACAAAAGCCGGACUUUUGAUGAGCACUAUUUGAGGUUCAUGCAUCCUCCCAUAUACAUGCAAUUGAUAGGAAGUCGGAUCACUUUCUCACAGAGACACCAGAGACUAAUACCCCUUUUGAUCGACACUAUACGCAGUCCAUGCAUCCCACAUAUAUUGUACAAUAUCAUUGUUUGUAAGUGAUUCCUGACCCUCUUACAUGCAUAUGUGAAUGAAAAUGAAAUGUAGUGUGAUGUAGCAAUGACAAUGUUAUACGACCUGUAAAGUGACAGACAUUAAUCAUAAAUAGUUAGUUAGAAAAUGUUACCGAC